UUCCGGUACGCGGGGUGCAGUUCCGGGUCGUGGCGCGGCUCGGGGGCAACAGGGCUGCUGCUCGGCCGGCCGGCGGCGGCGAGCGCUGGGGGCAUGAGGGCGAGCUGGGAAAGCGGCAAUUGAGCCGGCCGGGAAGAGCGCCAGUCCCCAAGGAGUCCGAGAGUGAGGAGCCCUGGGCAGGGGCCGGAGGCGCGGGGAAGCCGGGCUCUUCCCUCAGGACCGUGUCCCGGGGCCCACCCGGCCCGUAGAGUGGCAGCUGCUUCAGAUUAGGAAGACUCAGGAUAAAUUACACAUCUGGUACGAAACAGAGACAAGAUUCAAACCCAGGGAGGUGAGCACGUGAAACAAUAUGAAGAGGAGAAAAUAGCCUUUUAAGGAGAUUGGCCCACAGAAAGGAUGGCCUUCUUGGACAAUCCAACUAUCAUUCUAGCUCAUAUUCGACAGUCACAUGUGACCAGUGAUGACACAGGAAUGUGUGAGAUGGUUCUCAUUGAUCAUGAUGUUGACCUAGAGAAGAUUCAUCCUCCUUCAAUGCCUGGAGACAGUGGGUCAGAAAUUCAGGGAAGCAAUGGUGAGACUCAGGGCUAUGUAUAUGCCCAGUCAGUCGAUAUUACCUCAAGUUGGGACUUUGGUAUUAGAAGACGCUCAAAUACAGCUCAAAGAUUAGAACGACUCCGAAAAGAGAGACAAAACCAGAUCAAAUGCAAAAAUAUUCAGUGGAAAGAAAGAAAUUCUAAGCAAUCAGCCCAGGAGUUAAAGUCACUAUUUGAAAAAAAGUCCCUCAAAGAGAAACCUCCAAGUUCUGGAAAGCAGUCAAUAUUAUCUGUACGACUGGAGCAGUGCCCUCUACAGCUGAAUAACCCCUUUAAUGAGUAUUCCAAAUUUGAUGGCAAGGGUCAUGUCGGCACAACAGCAACCAAGAAGAUCGACGUCUACCUCCCCCUGCACUCGAGCCAGGACAGACUUCUGCCAAUGACUGUGGUGACAAUGGCCAGCGCCAGGGUGCAGGACCUGAUCGGGCUCAUCUGCUGGCAGUACACAAGUGAAGGACGGGAGCCGAAGCUCAAUGACAAUGUCAGUGCCUACUGCCUGCAUAUCGCUGAGGAUGAUGGGGAGGUUGACACAGACUUCCCCCCACUGGAUUCCAACGAGCCCAUUCAUAAGUUCGGCUUCAGUACUUUGGCCCUGGUUGAAAAGUAUUCAUCUCCUGGUCUGACAUCCAAAGAGUCGCUCUUUGUUCGGAUAAAUGCUGCUCAUGGAUUCUCCCUUAUUCAGGUGGACAACACAAAGGUCACCAUGAAAGAAAUCUUGCUUAAGGCAGUGAAACGAAGAAAAGGAUCCCAGAAAGUUUCAGACUGCCCGUACAACUCCCCAUUUCAUGAUAAUAAUAAAUUGAGAACUUGAACUAUUUUAUUAUCAAACCCAGAUGUGGGCUUAAUGACUGUUCUAAUGUUUAAAUACUCUGUUGCUCUUCCUUCUGGCACUCCCUCCCCAAUUUUCGUUUGUAAAAAAUCAGAAGGUGGCAGGUAUGUGAGCAAAAGAAUUCUUCUUUGUUUAGGCAGAUAGCUUUGUCAUCGGAAACCCUUAGGGUUUUAAAGUAUUUUUGCUUUGUAUGGAUAGAAUAUCAUUACAGGCACUUGUAACUGAUCUAGAAUUUUGACUUGCAUUAUUUGUAAUUAUUUCAUCGUCAUAACUAUUUAUGAACACUGCAGGGUUUUUCUAUUAAUAUUCAUGUACUGAACUAUAGUAAUCUUUUCGCAGUGUGUUCCAGUCAGUUCUCUGCUAAGGCCCCCUUUUUUUUUUUUUAACCCAUCUUUAAAUGUCUCUUUUAAAGUUUCUCUGCAGCUUUUCAUUUUAUUACUGACCCACUUGACAUUUGAAAGCUACCUGCACUGGCAGAAGGUCCCCACUGUGUAAGGAAAUUAUAAAUGGAGAAUUGGGUUUUAGAAGAAUUAGCUGAAACCUCUUUACUAAUUUUUACAGUUGGGUGGGUGUGUUUUUGACAUAAUGAAGAGUAGCCUGCCAGGUCCCUUGAUUUAGCUAGUAAAAUACACUAACCCGUUUUUUUAGUGACUAAAGCCCUUAAUCCAUCAAGUUCUCCUUUACUCAGGUUCACCCUCACAGUUCGUGACCUUCUGAGAUUCUUAGUAUUUUGUUGUUUAAAAAUUCUAUUACCACCAACCUUCACUAGCCUUCUGAAACAGUGUUGGGUGUGGCAGGGACACUUAAGAAAUGGAGACAGAUAGAAUUUCAAUUUUACAUUGACACAGAAAUAUAGUUAACUCUUGAUCUAUAAAAGAAGGCUUCCUUUGAAGUGGGAUUUUCCAGGCAGAAUAGUUUUCUGCGUGGCUCUGUUUCAGUAUUUGUUGUCCUUUUGAAAUGGAGGUAUUUUUCUUUAUCAUCUAUUGAAAAAUUGAACCAGAAGCAUUUUAACUUUUUCUUACCCCUAUUCAUUCUUGCCUUUUGAAACGAAAGACCAAUUUUUAUUAGCCUGAAAAUCCUUUUGCAAAGUUCUUACUGUAUUAUUAAUAAAACUUGUGACAUUCAUUUUUGUUUUUCCCUCAUAAAAUGUUACCCAGAUUUUGAAAAAUAAAUGUUAGCUUUGUCAAGUGAACUCUCUCUUACCAUCUCUGUUUAGAGUCACAGACCACCUUGUUGCUUGCUAAUGUACUGUGUUUUCACAAGACACCCAGAACGUCAUUAGUGGUAUGGUCUAGUCUAGGACGCCUCCACAUCAUUCCUAAAUUACUGCUAAGCGCAGAGGGGGAGAGAACAGCUACCACGGGGUGCAGGGUUCUGAUCAGAAAGACGGCUAAUGAUGACAUCACUGGAUUCUCGAGUUUUAUAUUAAAGGUUCAUAUAAAAUUUUUGUAAACUUUGAUCCAGAACGUAUUUGUAGCUGUGUUGUACAUUUCACUCCUCAUGUGUUCUCAGGUAUCAGGCCUGUGCUAGGUGCAGGGAGGUAGUGGGAGAAAGAUUCACAAGGCCCUUGCUGAGGAGGAACUUGCAUCUUAUAUCCUAGACGGAGGGUAAAUAGGAGGGGCUGAGAGAGAAUAAGAUGCAGUGUAUAGGAUGGUCAGGGAACUCCGCCCUGAGAAAUUGACAUUUAAAUUGUGACCUUCACAUUUAGGCUGUGAAGAGUUGGGGAGGGCCAGUGUCAUUCAAAGCAGUGGCUAUUAAAGGCUUACUGUAUUUUAAUAUAAAAAGAACAUCUCAGAUUACUUUGUAGUUAAUUUACUUACCUCUCUUCCUCCUACCCACUGUUGAAAAAAGAAAUGUAGCAAAAUUGACCCUUGAAUUGUGCCUUGUGUUAAGUCCCCACAUCUUACCCACUAGCAGCUUGGAUUUACCUCUAGAAUAUAUCCUGAACGUAUUCAGUCCUUUCCAUCUCCACUGGAUAAGUUCAGAUCACCGUGACUUCACCUGGACCGUUGAGAAACAGUUUUUCUGGUUUUCCUGCCUCUGCUCUUGGCCACCUCCAGUCUGUGGUCUACACAGCAGCCAGAGAGAUCUUCUAAAGUAUAAAUCUGAUCAUAUCUGCUCCACAUCCUUCGGGGACUCUCAGUUGCAUUCAGAAUAAAACCCAAACUUCUAACUACUAUGAAAUACUCCAAGGCCCAAAGAGGGGAAGGUACAUUCAGAGAAUAUGAGCACAAAGAAAGAAAAGAACUGGAAAGACAUGCAGAAUUGACAGUUGCAAUAUGAAAGAGGAAUGUAGACAGACCAGGUGGAGAAUCUGAGAAGCCAGGGUGGGCAUUUGGAGCCUGUAACCUAAAGUCUGUCAGGAGAGGAGUUGGUCUUUCCCCAAGAUGUGGUUCCAGUGGGGUAAGAGCUGAUUUAUUGAGUGCCUUUGUGUACUUACACGUAUUAUCUCAUUUAAUCUUCAGACAGCACUAGAAGGUAGAUUUUAUUGCGGCUGUCUUACAAAUGAGACGUUACGAGUGUGUGUGUGUGUGUGUGUGUGUGUUGGGGUGCAUGUUAGAAUUAAGGAACUGUGAGGACAGUGUGUGUAAUCACAUACUUACAUCUCAGAGCCUCCCCUUCCUCUAAAAGAAGUUAAAGUUACCCAAAUUUCCACAGUAAGUAAAUGGCAGAAUCUAAAUUGGAGCCCAGGCUUUUUUGACCUCAAAGCCCAUACUCUUUUUAUUGUACCAUGUUGCUUAUUAGAACCCUAAUGGGAGAACAAAUUUAAAAUUCUGUAAACAGAAAUGUUCAUUGAUUCUAAAAUCUAAAUGCACUAGGGAAGUGCAGCAUUUAGAGGAACCCUGUGGUGAAUCUGGAUAUAAAGCCAGGAAUUCUUUUUGUAAUUGCACAGUUUGUCUGUAUUGGUGUCAGUUUUAAUGUUUUAUGUCUAGCUUUCUUAAAGCAACAUACACCUGUCCUGAGCUGCCCUAUGGAAAAGAGAAGCCCAUAUGUUUUAGAAGAAGAGGGAUUUCUAACACUCUACUAACCUGAAAUGUUCUCCAAAGACUAAAAUAAAAAAUCUUCUAGCUGUAGAGUUGAAAAGAAUCUUACUUCAUGUGUAAUUGUAAACGUGGAAAAUCCAGUAACCUUUCUUCUGUGAAAGUAGUUUGCGAGCCAGAGAUACAGACAUGUGGUUUCCUUAUGCUGUAGCUUUGUCUUUUCUUUAAAAAAAGAAGUCAAGGUAAAUAGGACUGUUUAAAUGUUCUUGGUCAAAAAGACAGUAAUUUCUGUGGAAAACUGCACCUUCUCAAGAAAUAAUAAAUAAUCAUGCUGAUGCCACUCAGGCAUGGGGGCCGGAUAAGAAAUAAAGACCUGAUACUUGGUAUCCAGUGCCCCAGGGGGAAUAUGAUAGCGCAAAUUAGGGCUGCUAAGGUGUUUAAAUGUAUAACUCAGAAAUGCCCCGGGCAAGAAGCUCCAAGUUAAAUAUUCUUCCUUCCCUCUUCUCUCUGCCUGUUUAUCUUGCUGUUUCUUCCCACCUGAGCCUCCCCUUGUCUGGAGUGCUCUGAGGCUCCUGAUGGAUCUUCUUGAGAAUAGAGCAGAGCAUGUUAAAGAUGGCAUUGCAGUCAACUAUUUUAUCUAGGAAGCCUGGAAAUUUAGAGAAUUUAUGUCCAGCAAAAAUCUUUGGGAACCACUUGAGAGACCCAAUUAUUUUAGAAGGGUGUUAUGAGCUCUUGCAACCGCCACAUCAGAAAAACCCGAAAUACAUCAUUCGCCAAAACUACAUUUGACCAGCGUUUACUCUUCCUGCUAGUCGCUAAUCUUUCAGAAGUUCCUUUUCCAUCACAAAAUCUAUUCAUUCACUCCAUCUGGGGCAGUCACCAACGUGGAUUAGAUUAAAGCAAAAGCCGAAUGAAAGAGAAAAGACAUAUACCUCUGACAGGCUGUGUGGUGCUGCAGGAGACACACAUUUUGGAGUCAGGAACGACCUUUCUCUGGGCCACUAGGGACUAAUUCUAGAGCAUCACUAAUUUAAUAAUAGCUUUUGAGGGAAAAAAAGAAAGAAAUACUACAUUAGGUGUACAUAUUGGUUAUGCUGUAGCCUGAUUUUAGAAAUGUUCAAAAGUGGGGGGGGAAAUACAUCUUAGAAUUAAGAACUGUGGUAGCUGAAUGCAUAACCCUGUGCUUACUCUCUGAGCUGUGCUUUGAUGUGGGAGAGGUUGAGGGAAGAGGCACACAGGGCACCGUCGAAGGGGCAAGUGUUCUCGAGCUCUGUGUGGCUCUGACAUACCCUGUUGACUUAAACAGUCAUGUCCAUUGCUGCCUGCUCUGGGCCAGCACUGUGCUAGAAUCAGGUGGAAACCCAGUGAGAAAUCAGACUCAGAAAAGGGGGCAAUAAAAUAUGGUAAAUUCUCAAGUAGAAGUACAUAAGCUACUAAAGCAGCAUAGAUAAGGGAGUACUUAAAACUACUUGGUGAGGCAGGGGGCUGAGAAAAGAUGCUCUGGAGUAAAUGAUUUGACAUUUUUUUUUGGAGAUUAAUUAGAAUUUUGCUAAAUGGGUAAGUAAGAGGAAGGACAUUCCAGGCAGAGAUGUUUUGAGAUAGAGUAACAAACCAUAGAUAUCCCAAAUUACUGGAGCAAGAACAGGGCAGAGGAUAAGCUGCAGAAGCCAGGCAGGGGCCAGAUCUGACCGGGCAAGUCUGAUGUACUGGAAACCCGAAGAGCCGCGUUCAUUUAUCACGACCUUAUUUAUUAUGCUUAUUAUGCAGCAGACAUUAUGGAGGCACUUAGGAAAUUGUUGAAGCCAAGAAGUGGUCCUUACCUUCAAGGAGCUUACUGUGUAGUUGGGGAGACAGACAGGCAGUUUUAAUACCAUGCAUGUGGUAAUUGGAAAUCAGUAUAGGGGCCUGGGUACACGCAUCGUGGGAUGGGUGCCCUCGUCCAGUCUUAGAGAGUCAGGGAGAAGUGUCCUGAGCAGAUCCUCCAGGUGAGAGCUGAAGAUGGAGGAAAAGAUGGUGGCCAGAUAAAGAGGGCUGGGAAAGAGCAUUCAGGCUGAAGGAAUGAAGUGAGAGAGUUUGAUGCCUUCGGGAAAUCACAAUGUAACUCAGUAUAAUAAAGCAGUAGAGUAGGAGUUAGGAGGGUGGGGCGUGGUGAGGUUGAACUGGUCAUUUGGGCGUAGGUCAUGUUUGUAAAACCAUGCUGAAUUUGAACUUUUUUCUGUGGCAGAGGGGAACCAUUGAAAGGACAGUGAUAGAGUCAGAAUUUCUUUUAGAAAGCACACCGUCUGCCUGAUAAAAAUCGAUGAGAGGACAUAAAACAGGAGGCAGAGACACGGGUGAGAAGCUUUUGAGGACUCUGUCCAACAGCUGAUGAGCCCUGACUUAAGGCAUGGAGAGAAGCGAAUGGAGCUCAGUUCAGGAAGUGGAGGGAGGGACACCUUAGUAAAGUCUGAUUUCCUUCAUUUGAGCUGAGUGCACGCUUUGGGGAGAAUUGAAAUACCCUGGAGCCGCUUCCGGUUCUGGUGUUCAUAUGAAAACUAGGUGUUGGUAAAAGAUAGGCUUUAAAGAUUUCUUUUUAAUAAAAUUAAAUGCUUGUUGGAAGAAAAUCAAACAUUUAGGAAGUGUGUGAAGUAAAAAGUCUGUGAGGGUUUCCUCUGACUUUAUUUGAUAUGAACCUUGUUUUUUUGGUUUUUUUGUUUUUAGUCAAUUCACAUGCAGAUACACAUACGGGCUCUAAGUUUCAUGUGGGCAGGACCCUGUUUUCCAGUUUUGGGGUUUUUAAAAUCACUAUACACCUAACAUCUAACAGAGUGUCAAGUAGAAGAAACUCAACAAAUGUUUGUUAAAUGAACUCAUGAAGAAUGUAUCCACAUAACAGUUUUAAAAAAAUGAUACCAUAUAAUGUUAUAUGAUUUUGCACUUGUUUUUCACUAUCACGUCAUAAGCACUCUAUUAGAGUGACCCCUGCAGUUUUAGCUUUCUAGCUAAAUUUACGUAACUUAGAUUUCUGUUGUUGGACAUUUAGAUCAUUUCCAAAUUUUUAGUUUAACAUGUAAACGUACAGUGAACAAUUUUGUAUGAACAUUCGUUGCAUGUUUGUGGUAGAUGUUAAACAUGGGAUUACUUGUCAGAGGUUCACUUACUUCAAAUGUUGAGAAAAACAAAUUGCCUUUUAAAAAAUUUAUACGCAUUCUCUGACACUCUAAGAAUCUAUGAGACCACCUCUUUCCCCACCCCCUUACUAACACUGAUGUUAUCAAUCUUUCAUUUUUGCCAAACUGAUGGCUAGCAGUUAAUAUCUCAUUUGAAUUUGUAUUUCUGGGUUUUUAGUGUAAAGUUAAGCAUUUUAAAAAUGUUUUUAUUAGCCAUUUAUCUUUCUAAAAGAUAGUUUUUAAGGCAGUUGUUUUAGUGAGAAGAAAGAUUGAGAAGUCUAAUUUCACAAAACUAUUUUUAAGAAGUAUCCUUUAGUUUAAAACACACUUCAACCCACCACCCCCUUUCCUACUCCAGCAGGUGUACACACACACACACACACACACACACACACCCCAGUAUGUAGAGAAAAGGCAUACAUCCAGUCCAGACCAUUUUACGUUGUUUGCCUUCUGACCCUUCAUUCACCAGCAAAGCUUUUGUUCAUGUGUUUGGAGAAAGUUAGCUGGUAAUUCACUAGAUUCCAGUUCACCUCAUUUAGGACCUUACGUUGCCUGCUUUGUCACAGAACUAUUUGAAAAAACAGAUUUUCUCUUAAAUAGUUUAUUUAAGUCUGGUACGUGUAUAUAGUACUUAGAAGAUACACCGUAAUCUGGAAAUCAGAAAUGUAGACAAAAAAGUUGUCACCCCUUAACAGGUUUAUUUUGGGGAGGCACAUCUAAGGACACUUCUGGCAGCAUUAUGAACAGCACUGGCACCAAGGGCAACUGUAGGGGGUUAAUGGGGACCCUGCAUCAUUCCUUGCCAUGUGCCUGGUGAGUUAACUCCUAGAAGUUUCUGGGAAUGGCAGCAAGUGGGGAAAAGGCUGCAACCAACAAUCAGUGUCACAAAGUGGGGAUGACUAAUUUGCUGAGGAGACCGUUGAGACAGAUGUUUAAUUAGCUGAAGUCAGAGUGGAUAAAUUGGGAGAGGACUGCCUAUGCAGAGAGACGCCUCAUUCCCUCAUCUCUCAUUACCUGGUUGGGUUUUGGUUUUGUCCUUACUGUCUCUUUUUGAAGACGACAGCCUCAGACUCAGGGGAACUGGGAGGGGAGUAGGAGAGAAAGUACCCUCGGUACAUCUACUGAACACUUACUGUAUUUUUGUAUUUAACGCUUACAAAGACCUUGUGAAAUGGGCAUUAUCUAUUUUUUAUGGUUGAGAAAACAGGCUGUGUAUUGUGUAUAUGUGUGUGCAUUCUUGUGUGGGUUGCUCAUGACUGACAUAGGUGAGAUUUGGACCUGUACCCCUUGAUUUUUAAGCCCAGUGUUUUCCUCUGUACUACAACUUCCCCACUUACAAUGUAAUGCAAAUGAAAGAACUUUCUGGAAUAAAAGUAAGCUGUAUAUUGACAGGAGCUGGUGUCGGACAGGUGUAUGUACGCAUUUGUUGGAACUGUCACGUGGCACUCAUAAAAUCUGUGCAUAUCAUUGUAUGAAAAUUUUACCUAAAAGUACAAAGAGAAUCUCAAACAAAUAUUGGACACCAGUUAAGGUUCUGCUCACUGAAUGUACUGAUGUCUGCUCUUUGAAAUGCAUUAAAAAAAAAAAAAAAGAUGCAUUGGUGGCAGAUAUGUGAUAAAGCAAAUGUAGUAAAAUGCCAAUGGUAGGAUCUAGGAUCAAUUUUUCUGUAGUUUAAAAAUGUUCAUAGAAACUCGGAAAGAGCUCAUAAAAAUUAAAAGUAUAUAAUUUAGAUUCUGCUUAUAUUAAUUAAAUUUCUGAAGUUACAGAUAGAUGUCUUUGUGGCAUAGAAAGCACUGAUCUUUACUUCCUAUAGGAUAUUUUAUCUUUCAUUACCUCAUAUAUGAAAUGACAUCUUUGAGAUCACAGUUUCUUCCGUGGGCCUGUGGUUUUCAGCAGCAUAUAGAAUUGUGAAUAUGAUUGUUGUUACCACUUACUGAAUAUUAAAAAUAGGCCAGGCAGUCUGCCAAACACUUUUAAAUGAUCUCAUUUAAUUCUUAAAACAACUAUUUGAAUUGGUUGUUAUUUUUGUUUUAUAAAAGAGAAAAACUAGGGGCACCUGGGUGGCUCAUUCGGUUAAACGUCUAACUCUUGAUCUUGGCUCAGGUCAUGAUCUCACAGUUUGUGAGAUUGAGCCCCACGUCAAGCUCUGUGCUGACAGUGCGGAGCCUGCUUAGGAUUCUCUCUCUCCCUCUCUCUCUUUACCCCUCCCCUGCUCGUGUUCUCUCUCUCUCUCUCUCUCUCUCUCUCUCUCUCUCUCUCUCUCUC